AUGUUGCUGCCGGCGAUAGCCGUGAGAUUCGCGCUUUUGGACCGCGAUGAACCGUCUUGCCGCUUUGUUGUUGCAAUCCUUCCCAUCCCCCCAUCCCCAAGACUUCCCGCUAGCGCCAUCCGUCCUCUCUUCCUCGGUCAGAGCAGUGGCUUAUCGCUUCAAACGUACUCUCCUCGACCUCGCUGUGCAAUUGCAAGCUGGCUGCCGUCAUUGCAACGUUCGAGGAAGACGAGGAAGACACGAGGAAGAUACGCCAUGAGCACUCCAGAGGGCCGCGAGAGCCGGUAUCAGCUGACAAGCAGAAUGUCAUCGCCUCAAGCUCAAGUGCGACCGGCAAACCGCGGGGAGAACCCCAAUGAAGCCUCCGGACCCGUCAUCAACGAGAUGAGGGAGAGGUUGACCGCGAUCGAAACGAUGCUGUUGCGGUUCGGUGAGCGGGCGGGUCGGAGUCGAUCACGGUCACGAAGCUAUGACCGGGAGCGCGAUCGCGAUCGCGACCGGCGGUAUCGGCGAGGAUUUUCUCGGAGUCACUCGCCCGACAUCGAUCACGAUCGGGGGCGGCAUAGAGAUCGUGAGCGGGAUCGAGAGCACGGUGGAGACUUUUGGUCAGACCGAGGGCGAGACCGAUCAGACCGACCGGGCCAAAUCAGCAACGCUCGAGACGCACGCGAUCGAGAGUGGGAACACAGAAGGGUGGCCUGGGACGAUCGAGGGCGCACGAGGGGCACGUCAAGAGAUCCACGGGACGAGCCACGUCAGCUCAGUCGACAACCGUACUCUACUUCUCCUAUUCAUCAACGUCAAGAGCCGCAGGACAAUUACGGCACCCUCGUUAUUGACAAGAGUGGACGUAGCAAGUGGCUCGGGCCUACCGCUGGAACAGAAUGGCUGAAGAAUGUGAGCUACCCGAUUCCUCCUGAAGCUGACUGGCAGCAAGAACUGUCUUCCUCGGCGAGACCAAGGUCAACAUCACCUCAAACAUCCUCCCCGACACGAGUCGAUGAGAGCGGCGGUCUAUUCCCGUUCCCGAGCUGGGGUCCUCCACCGACAAUGGAUACACUGACGAGCCAUCUGCCCGCGCCCGAGGUUGCAAGGGAUCUUCUCGACUGCUAUUACGAGAACUAUGCGUGGAACCACGAUGUCGCUCCUCGACAAGGCGUGGAGCCCAUCUUCAACAAGGUGUACGAGCACUCUGACGAGCCCCUGGCUCAACGGGUGCAUCUGCAGCAACUAGCCCUUCUCUUCAUCAUCUUCGCCAUGGGAGCACUGCACAACCCAGAAUUGCCACCCCACCACCCCAGUGCCGAGCAUCACUUGGCAGCCUCCCGAUGGUGCCUCGUCAAGGGAGACUUCAUGGGCGUCAACACUGUCCCCGGCUUGCAGGCCCUGGUUAUCAUGGCCCAUUAUCAUCUUGAAACGGAGAAAGGUCGAAGCGGGGACAGCGCAUGGCCGUUGUGGGGUCUCGCAAUGCGCUUGGUCACUGCCAUGGGUCUGCACAUUGACGGCGAACGGUGGAACCUGCCGGACCAGCUCGCUGCGCUCCGAGCACAUCGACACCGAGUUUCCUUCCUACCCAUCGACAACGCCCCACGAUGCUUCCUGGAGCGACAAUGUCUUCCGGCAGCUCAAGUUCGAGCUAUGCCGGAUAUCGGGUGCGGUGCUGGACCAGGCGAUGUCCGUGAGAUCGACGCCGUACUCGAAGAUCGGCCAACUGUACGACAGGCUGUGUACCUUCGAGCGGCAGAUUCCGUUCAACCUCCGUUGCCGAACUGCGCUGCAGGCUCUGUCGAGUGUGUAUCAGGACACGGAGUCGGCGAUCAAGGACAGCCCGAACAUCAAGCUGGACAACCUGCACCUUACAUUCCAGCAGUUCACACUGAGCCUGAACGUGAGCGAGACAAUCAUAUUCCUGCAACGCCCGUACUUCAUCAAGGCACUGCAGGAGAAUCCAAAGGAUCCGACGAAGAGCAUCUACGGGAAGAGCUAUCUCGCUAUCGUGGAGCGAUGUACCGUGAGUUCAGCUGCGAUCGGCCGCCAAGAUCAGCUGUUAACGCCCAGGUGAUUAUCGAGGUUGUCGCAGGCCUGUACGAGUGCUUCCCGCGAGUUACAGCGCGUCACUGGUUCUUUUGGUACCACCUCUUCACCGCUGCAAUCUGCAUUGGCACGAUGAUCAUCAAGAACAGUUCAAACCCUCUCUCGCAGCUGGCGCUGGUCCAGAUCGACCAUGCGAUCAAGCUCUACUCCUCCGUGAUCAAGCUGAACCCGACCCCGAGUCUAAUCCAGAACCACCAGUGGCUGUUGCACUUGCGGCAGCGCGCGCUUGCAGCUUCAGAGCAGGAAAGCACUGGUGGCUCAUCCGCGCCUCGAGAGAGCAUCGAGGACGACGACGACGACGACAUCGACGUAAAGCUAAUGGGCUGGCGCACGCGGCUGAUCCAGCGCGCGACCGCCGCAAAGAAGUACACCCCACCUCCGUCGACCGGCGUCCCCGCUCAACCGCCCACGGCUCCCGUCCCGCAGCUCGACGCCGUGCUGCAGCAGCACAUGCUGCAGUCUGCGCCGCAGAGCACAGACAUGUCGACGGACCUCUUUUUCUGGGACCCGACAAUCAUGCUGGGGUCGCGCGAAGACGCGGGCAGCAAUGGACAGCUGGUGGAACUGGGACCCGACACAGCUCAUGGGCAACGUGGGCAUGAUGGGGAUGCCGCCGUCGUGAGUCAGUUUACCUAG